AUGGUUCUUGGCAAAGGGAUUGGACCGUCGGCAAGCAAGGCCGAUUUCCAUGGUGGUGGAGCCACUAACCCACUUGCUUCCGCUCCGGGAACAAUCCGAGGAGACUACUGCAUUCAGACGGGUCGUAAUAUCUGUCACGGAUCAGAUUCCAUCGAAUCUGCUCAGAGAGAAAUCGCUCACUGGUUCAAACCUGAGGAGAUCAACGACUACGAUAGUCGUCACAUCAACUCCGGAGAUUAG